AUGUCCACUAGCCGGGCAUCAUCAUACAGGACGAGGUCAGAAGAAAGCCGCUCUAGUAAGUCCUCAAUAAAGGAAAUGGCUGCUCUUGUCUGUGCAGAAGCUGAGGCUGCAAAAGAGAAGAACAUGACUACGGUCACUGAGUUUUUCAUUGUAGGAUUUCAAAGCAGUGGACAUUUAAGAAUUGACCUAAUCUGUCUCAUCCUGAUGAUAUAUUGUGGGACAGUAUGUGGGAAUCUACUGAUCAUCACCCUGGUGUCCACCAGCAAGAACCUCCAUGCCCCAAUGUACUUCUUCAUCUCGCAACUUUCCAUUUGUGACAUCUUAUUGACAACAGAUACUACUCCCAGCAUGCUCCACAUCCUCCUGAAUAAUGGGGGGACCAUUCCUUUUAUUAAUUGUAUGACUCAAUUGUAUGUCUUUGCCGUUACAGAAGCUUCUGAAUGUCUUCUCCUCACAGUGAUGUCUUAUGACAGAUAUGUGGCCAUCUGUAAUCCCCUCCGUUACACCUCCAUCAUGACAAACAACCACUGUCUGAUUUUGGCCAUUCUGUGUUGGGUCAUAGGUUCGUCCUGUUCAUUCAUUGAAAUCUUAACAACAUCAAUGUUGACAUUUUGUGGACCAAAUGUUAUUGACCAUUUAUUCUGUGAUCUUAUGCCCUUAAUAGAAAUUGCCUGUUCUGGUACUUCUACCAUUGACAUAGUGAAAUAUAUACUGAGCUUUCCUGUACUCCUCAUCCCCAUCACGAUAAUUAUCAUAUCUUAUAUUAAUAUUAUUGUCACCAUCUUGCGGUUCCCAUCUAAUAUCAGUAGACAGAAAGCCUUCUCCACCUGUAGCUCCCACCUCAUUGUAGUCACCAUAUUCUUUUUUACUAUACUGAUUGUUUAUAUUUUCCCCAAAGGCGAACAAACCUCAAAUUCUAAUAAGUUAGUAUCACUGAUAUAUACUGUAUUUACCCCAUUCAUCAACCCCAUAAUAUACAGCCUGAGAAAUAAGGAAAUUAAAAAGUCUGUUCAAGAAAUAACCAAUAAAUACAAAAUUUGUGGUUAUAAAAUCUACAUAUAA